AUCUCCCAUAACGGAGAGAGACGAAGAGAGCGGAAGCGAAAGAGCAGCGGCGCAAAGGAAAGGGAGCCAUGCUCGCGUCGCCGGCGCUCGCCGGCGCCCACUCCUUCGCGGCGUCCGUGUAUGGAAGCCUCCUCGUCCCCUCGCCUCCCGUCCCCGCGCCGGCACGUCGCGCGGCGCUGUCCGUCGUCGCCAAGGUCAAGGUGGCCACGCCCCAGGACGACCGCAUCGCCCGCCACGUCCGCCUCCGCAAGAAGGUAAGUGGCACCACUGAGAGGCCGAGGUUGAGUGUUUUCCGCUCAAACAAACAUCUGUACGCUCAAGUCAUCGACGACACAAAGCAAUGUACUCUGGCUUCAGCUUCAACCAUGCACAAAUCUCUCUCCAAGGAAUUUGAAUACUCGGCUGGGCCAACGAUCGAAAUAGCACAAAAGAUCGGUGAGGUGAUUGCCAAGUCUUGUUUGGAGAAAGGGAUCACCAAGGUUGUCUUCGACCGAGGUGGUUUCCUCUACCAUGGCCGCAUAAAGGCUCUCGCUGAUUCUGCCAGAGAGCACGGGCUUGAAUUCUGAGUCGUCCAGGCGUUUGUUCAUAUCUCCAGGAUCACCUGUAAUCUUCUCUUUUUUUUCUCUCUCCAUAUGCCAAACAGAGCUGUUUUGUAGUCACUCGCCUUGUUCUACAGGGUGCAAAGCCAUGGCCCAUGGCCACUCGUUGACCAUGUCACGUUUUUUUCGUUUGGUAAGAGUCUUGUGUUCUGACGCUUCUCGAAUUGAUAUUAUAAG